UCAGCUUGAAGAACUUUCAGCAUUUCUUCUAAGGGAACGGUGACAUUCAGAGAUGUGGCUAUUGACUUCACCCAGGAAGAGUGGCAGCAAUUGGAUCCUGCUCAAAGGAACCUGUACCGGAAUGUGAUGCUAGAAAACUAUAACAACUUAAUCACAGUGGGCUUUCCAUUCACCAAACCUGAUGUGAUUUAUAAGUUGGAGCAAGAAAAGGAACCAUGGGUGGUGGAGGAAGAAGUGUUAAAGAGACACUGUUCAGGAGAAAUGUGGAGAACUGAUGACCAGAAUAUACAGAACAGACUCUUGACACAACUUGGAGAUAAGUUCAUCAAAACAUUGACUGAAGAAAAAGUCAGUGAAUGUCAUAAGAAAAUUUCUUAUGCAUUUUCUCCAGACUCAGACUUUUUUCCUUCUAUUCACAACUUCUAUGACUAUAACUUAUUUGGGAAAUGUUUAGAACAUAAUUUUGAUUGUCAUAAUAAUGAGAGAAUCCUUAUCAAAAAGGAAUACUGUGACUAUAAUGAACUUAUAAAGUCAUCUGGCAAUAACUCAUCACAUCUUGUAGUAAUCCCCUUUAAGUGUAAUCAUUGUGGAAAAGGGUUUAGUCAAACCUUGGAUCUCAUCAGACACCUGCGAAUUCAUACUGGAGAGAAACCCUAUGAAUGUAACAAAUGUAGAAAAGCCUUCAGCCAUAAGGAAAAACUCCUAAAACAUCAGAAAAUUCACAGUAGGGAACAGUCUUAUGAAUGUAUUGAAUGUGGGAAAGCCUUCAUUAAAGUGUCAAAUCUCAUUAGACAUCAAAGAAUUCAUACUGGAGAGAAACCGUAUGCAUGUAAGGAAUGUGGGAAAUUCUUCAGCCAGAAAUCAAAUCUUAUUGAUCAUGACAAAAUUCAUACUGGAGAGAAACCUUAUGAGUGUGAUGAGUGUGGAAAAGCAUUCAGCCAGAAGCAAAGCCUCAUUGCACAUCAGAAAGUUCAUACUGGGGAGAAACCUUAUGCAUGUAAUGAAUGUGGUAAAGCUUUCCCUCGAAUUGCAUCCCUUGCUCUACAUAUGAGAAGUCAUACAGGAGAAAAACCUUAUAAAUGUGAUAAAUGUGGAAAAGCCUUCUCUCAGUUUUCCAUGCUUAUUAUACAUGUGAGAAUUCAUACAGGUGAGAAACCCUAUGAAUGUAAUGAAUGUGGAAAAUCCUUCUGUCAAAGUUCAGCCCUUACUGUACAUAUGAGAAGUCAUACUGGUGAGAAACCCUAUGAAUGUAAGGAAUGUAGAAAAGCCUUCAGCCACAAGAAAAAUUUCAUUACACACCAGAAGAUUCACACUAGAGAGAAACCUUAUGAAUGUAAUGAAUGUGGAAAAGCAUUUAUUCAGAUGUCAAAUCUCGUUAGACACCAGAGAAUUCAUACUGGAGAAAAGCCCUAUACAUGUAAAGAAUGUGGCAAAGCCUUUAGCCAGAAAUCAAAUCUCAUUGCUCAUGAAAAAAUUCACUCUGGAGAGAAACCCUAUGAAUGUAAUGAAUGUGGUAAAGCCUUUAGCCAAAAGCAAAACUUUAUUACACAUCAGAAAGUUCACACUGGAGAGAAACCUUAUGAUUGUAAUAAAUGUGGUAAAGCCUUUUCUCAAAUUGCAUCCCUUACUCUUCAUCUGAGAAGCCACACAGGGGAAAAGCCUUAUGAAUGUGAUAAAUGUGGGAAAUCCUUCUCUCAGUGCUCAUUGCUUAAUUUACAUAUGAGAAGUCAUACAGGUGAGAAGCCCUAUGUAUGUAAUGAAUGUGGAAAAGCUUUCUCUCAAAGAACUUCCCUCAUUGUGCACAUGAGAGGUCAUACUGGUGAAAAACCCUAUGAAUGUAAUAAGUGUGGAAAAGCCUUCUCCCAGAGCUCAUCCCUUACUAUACAUAUACGAGGUCAUACAGGUGAGAAACCCUUUGACUGUAGUAAAUGUGGAAAAGCCUUCUCUCAGAUCUCAUCUCUUACACUUCAUAUGAGAAAACACACAGGUGAGAAGCCUUAUCAUUGUAAUGAGUGUGGUAAGGCUUUCAGCCAAAAGUCACAUCUUGUUAGACACCAGAAAAUUCAUACUCAUUUGAAAUAGAAACCCCAUGAUUGUUGUGAAUAAAAAAAACCUUCAGAAGGAAUUAAUACUUCCUUUCAGAUUAUAUAAUCGAUUCUAGAACAGAAAACUAUGAAUAUGGGAAAGCCUUUUGAAGAAGUCACACAUUUGUGAAACAUGAGAAUUCUUACCAAGGUUACAAAUUGUAUAAUGAAAAAGCUGAUUAUCAAAAACCUUUAGUAGACAUCUUAUCUAUUGAUAAUAUGUAUUUAUCAUUCUCAUUAAAAUCUGUCAGCUUAUCAACAUGAUAUUUGGGCUCCUAGCUAAUGUAUUAUCAAGAAAAAGACUGGGUAAAGAGAAACUAUAAAUAUAACCUUUUAUAUGAGAAAUAAUUAGAAAACGUGUUGAAAUAAAAUAUCCAAGAAUAGCUACAACAAUGAAUUACUAUAUGUGUAAAAUUAUAAAACAUUUUGAAGAGCAUAAAAUAACACCUUAAAGAUUUAGAAAGGUAACACUGAAAAGACUUAGCAUUGUAAAA